UAAAACUAUAAACCUAUAUAAAAGCAAGAAUAUUGUCUUUAAUACAAUGAAUUUGCAAUAUGAUAUCAAUAAGGACUCUAGCAUAGAAAAUUUGGAUAUUUUAAGAAAAAAGAUCCAUCCAAAGUUGUUUUUUUUUAAAAAAGAGAUUUUAAGAGCUUUAAAAAAGGCAAAAAGAUUUGAAUUUCAAAAGAUAUCAAAGAGAAUUAGAAAUGAAAGAUCGGCCGAUAAUAUUACAAUUUUAGAUAGAUUAAAGGAAGAAUUGUUAGUAGUUAAGGAUCUUGAUUUAGAAGCUAUUAAAGACUUUUUGUUGUAUAUUAACUGUUUAAAAGAACCAUUAUUAUUUCAGAUUAUACAUAUAGAGCCAGUAAACUCACCACUAAAAAAUGUAUCAGAACCAGUCAAAAAUGUUAUUAACAGGAUUUUUAAUUCAAAUAGUGUUAAGAAGUGCAUAAAAAGAGUUAUAUUUUCUUUAAAAAAAAUAGCUAAGAUUCAAGAUGAUACAAUAAGGCCAAAAAAUCCUCAAAAAAACAAGGGAAAUUCCCUUAAAGAUCCUUUAAUAUUGAAUAAUAAGUCAAAAGAUAAUGAAGAAGGAAAUACAGAGUCUUUAAAUGAAAAAAAUAAGGAAAAAAAUCAAGAUAUUUUAGAAAAAAAGGCAGAAUUAAAAAUUAAAAAUGAUAUUCAAUUAAAAUCCAAAAAGAAACAAAAUAUUGAAGAAAAAUUAAAGAAUUUAUCUGGAUCAACCUUUUUACCAAGUCUUUCUGCCGGUUAUAUUUCAGGAAGUGAUGAUAAUAAUGAUAUUGAUACUGAAUAUAAAGAUAUUGAUAAACCUAAGAAAAAUAGAAGAGGACAGAGAGCUAGGCGAAAAAUAUGGGAGAUGAAAUAUGGAAAAAAUGCAAGACAUUUACAGGUUAAAAGAAAAAAAAUGAAUUCUAAUGAAAACAUUAAAUUAUCAUAUAAUAAUAAUAAAUCAGCUUUGAUAAAUAGAGAGAAUAAAGAGGUUAAGCCACUACAUCCAUCAUGGGAGGCAGCUCGUCGCUUAAAAAAGAAGGAAUCAAGCAAUAUAAAAUUUGAAGGGACAAAAAUCAAAUUUGAAUAGUUCAACUAUAAUUUUAAAAUAAUAAUAAUAAUAAAUAAAUGA